AUGAUUGAAGGUAAGCGAAAACAUUACACAAUCGGCAGUUAUUGUACAAAGGCAAUCAAAUUUUGGCACAGAACCUUGGCGCAGGUGGAUUAUCCAAAUAUGUUCCGGAACGGAAAAGCAUCAUCUAGUUCGAAAUAUGUGUCUGUUAACGGUUACAUGUUAAAUAUGCUAACAGAUGUAGAGAAGAUAUUGGAAAAAGAAGAAAAAAGAAUAAACAACCUUAUUGAUAACUACAAACCACGAAAUAAUGGACAAGAUAACAUCAGAAACGACUUACGCAUGCUAAUACUGCUAUCUCGUCAAAUGUGGCACAUUACCUUCACAGUACGUCUUCGGAAACGCUACGCCCUAGGAUUUCCUCAGAAUCAAUUAGACGCCAAUUCUUCAAGAACAACUAAUUUUCUAUGA